CCUUAAGCUAACCUAUGAGAUAGGUGAUAGGUGAUGUGUGGGGGUGUUGGAGGAGCAAUCACCACCGUCCAAGUCAGGGCAAAGUGAAGUGAGUGGGUGCGCAUAGUGAGAGCGGCGCACGUUAGUCUCUCCCCCCACCAAAUCGGUGGUGCCCUCCCUCGUCCUAUCCUGUCCACAUCUCAAAACCAGCCGCACACCACCACCCACUAUGUUACCAAACGCCACCACCACCAAACCCAAACCCACUUUCCCCCACUCUAUCUCACCCCUCUUCCACUCUCAUUCUCCUUCCUUCCUCUUCCAUGGCAUCUCCUCCUCCUCCCCCCGAUCCUCCCUCCGCCGUCCCUCUAGCCCUCAUCCCCCUUCCCCUCCCCGCGCCUACCUCCUCCCGCCGCCUUCCUCCUCCCUGCUGGUCACCCGAUGAGACCCUCGCCCUCAUCGACGCCUACCGCGACAAGUGGUAUUCCCUCGGCCGCGGCAACCUCAAGGCCACCCACUGGCAAGAGGUCGCCGACGCCGUCGCCAACCGCUGCCCCAACGCCUCCCCUCCCAAAACCCCCGUCCAGUGCCGCCACAAAAUGGAGAAGCUCCGCAAGCGCUACCGCACCGAGAUCCAGCGCGCUCGCUCCCUCCCCGUUUCCCGAUUCAACUCCUCCUGGGUUCACUUUAAGCUCAUGGACUCCAUGGAGAAAGGUCCCUCUCCUGUCAAACCCGAACACGAUUCCGAUAGUGACAACGAUGACGACGACAACGACGAUGAUCAAGAUCUGUACCAAGAGAUCAACCAGAACGGCCACACUCGAAGCUUGAACAGGUUGUACAGGAAUGGGUUUCCGGGUUCCGGUGCCGGUGGGUUUAGAAUUCGAAUUCCCACCGGGAUGCCCCCUGCUCAACCCGGGUCUGGCUCCAAGAUUUUUGGGAAGGUUGGGAAUCAGAAAUUCAGCCCUAAUGUGAAUCAAAACCCUAGCCCUAAUUCUAAUUUCGGGAAGAAGAGAGAGAGAGACCCGGUUGGGGAGGUGGUGGCUGCUAUUAAGGUUUUAGGAGAUGGGUUUGUGAGGAUGGAACAUAUGAAGAUGGAGAUGGCGAGGGAGAUGGAAACUAUGCGCAUGGAGAUGGAAAUGAAACGCACUGAGAUGAUUCUGGAGUCACAACAACGGAUUGUUGAGGCCUUUGCCAAGGCAGUUUCAGAAAAGAAGAAGGCCAAGACUGUGUCUUCCCCUCAGCAGCCCUAAGGUUAAGGUUUCCAGUAUUGUUUGCUUGUUUAGAUAUUGCAUUGCUGUUACCAUUUUUUCUUCUUGUAAUUUUAAGGUCACGGUGUUAGGUUGGUGUUGGAUGAAUGGAGGAUGUAGUUUUAGAUAUUCAUUUUGUAGUUUUGAUUUUCUUGCUGUCCUUUUCUUAUGUUUAAAUAAAACCAGAAGACAGAAUCUCUUGCAAAAUUGGUUUGUGUAUUAUGGAUUUAUUAAGAGUCACUACUAAUAGAGUUAUUGGGCAAGCCA